CCUACCACUCAGACUUAGUCUGGUGAGCCUAACCAUCCCCACUCCCAUCUCUCACAACAUGCUCCACAAAUAGUUAGCCACAAACACACUUUCUGAGCGCGCGCGCACACACACACACACACAUAUACCUGGAUAUUAUCAGUUGGCUCUGAAUUCAUUAACAAUGGCCUCUUCUCAUGCUUGUGAGAUUCAUGACAUAGCCAUAGCUCAAAGUGCAGCAAAGUCUCAGAAACAUGUUCUUCUUGCACAUCUCCCUCCUUUGUUUGUCCAGAAGAUGGUGGCAGAGGCCAUUGCUACAUUUCUGCUAGUGUUUGUCACCUGUGGAGCUGCAGCUUUGAGUAAAAAGAACGAGAGCAGUGUUUCAAAGCUCGGCGCAUCGGUCGCCGGAGGCCUUAUCGUCACCGUCAUGAUCUAUGCAGUAGGACACAUCUCCGGUGCUCACAUGAACCCUGCAGUCACUCUUGCCUUUGCUGCUUUCCGGCAUUUUCCAUGGCUUCAGGUGCCAUUCUACUGGUCAGCUCAGCUCACCGGAGCCAUCAUCUCUGGAUUCACUCUACGUUGUGUUCUUCACCCAUUAAUCGAACUUGGGACCACGAUGCCUUCGAGCACAUCGUUCCAAGCUCUUGUCAUGGAGAUCAUCGUCACUUUUACAAUGAUGUUUGUCACUUCUGCCGUUGCAACGGAUACUAAAGCAGUAGGUGAGUUAGCAGGGUUAGCAGUUGGAUCUUCAGUUUGCAUAGCUUCCAUUUUUGCUGGGCCAAUAUCAGGAGGAUCAAUGAAUCCAGCAAGAACAUUAGGACCGGCAUUGGCGAGCAAAGAGUACAAAGGUUUAUGGGUUUAUUUUGUCGGUCCGGUGACCGGGACAUUGUUAGGAGCCGGAGCUUAUAAAUUCAUUAGAGAGAGUGAUAGUUCCAUGAAUGUCUCUUCUUCUCAGAAGCUCUCUUCUUUUAAGCUUCGUCGCUUGCAGAGCCAGGACUCAAGUAAUGAGGAAAUGCCAGUCCCUUAAAUUAAACACUGUUGCUCAACAACCUUAAUUAAUCUUCAUUAUGGGUUGUUAAUCUUGUUCUUAAUCAAGGGGCUUGCUAUCUUAAUAAGCCUCUAUCUAUGUAACAUAUUAUUAUUAUUAUAUAUAAUAAUAUUGGAAUAUAUUUUUAUCUUC